CAAGCCCCUCUCUCUCUGUCUGAUCUUUGUCCAAAGCCUUCCAUUCGCUAAAUAAUAAUCCUCCUGUUUAUUCUCUCCAUUGGCUACUUUUCCAUGAGAACAGAGAAACGGAAAGAGAGAGGAGACCGUUGCUAUGGAAUCGUUGGCUCUGAGAAGUUCGGUCGCGAGGAGCCCACUUUUGGAGUUGAGGAGGCCCGCGCGGGCGGAUCUCCGGCCGCGGAGGGUGGGGCUGAGGGUGGCGGCGUCGACGGCAGCCGGAGAACAAGGGCCUCUGGAGCCGGACCUCAGGGUCCGGGUGAACGGGCUGGAGAUGCCCAACCCCUUCGUGAUCGCGUCGGGGCCGCCGGGGACCAACUACACCGUCAUGAAGCGGGCUUUCGAUGAGGGAUGGGGUGCCGUCAUCUCCAAAACUGUGUCCCUGGAUGCUGCUAAAGUUGUGAAUGUGACUCCUCGUUAUGCUCGGCUUCGAGCAGGAUCAAAUGGUUCAGUCAAGGGACCAAUUAUUGGGUGGGAGAAUAUUGAACUUAUCAGUGACCGGCCACUUGAAACUAUGUUAAAUGAAUUUAAGCAACUUAAAGAAGAGUAUCCAGACAGGAUACUCAUUGCUUCAAUUAUGGAGGAAUACAACAAAGCUGCUUGGCAAGAACUUAUUGAGCAAGUUGAGGCAACUGGAGUGGAUGCCCUCGAGAUCAACUUCUCAUGUCCUCAUGGCAUGCCAGAGCGAAAGAUGGGUGCUGCAGUGGGGCAAGACUGUGCACUUUUGGAAGAGGCAUGUGGGUGGAUAAAUGAAAAAGCCACUGUACCUGUUUGGGCAAAGAUGACUCCUAACAUAACAGAUAUUACUCAGGUUUGCACAGGUGUAAUGAUGCAUGGUUAUGGCCUCGUGAAGAAACUAUGUGCUGAUCUGAAGGAUUUCAUGCGUAAACACAACUUCACUUCAAUAGAAGAUUUUCGAGGUGCCUCCCUUCCGUAUUUUACUACACAUACCGAUUUAGUGCAGCGGCAACAACAGGCAAUCAGGCAGAGAAAAGCUAUUAAGAAGGGUUUGCAGUCAGACAAGGAUUGGACCGGCGAUGGCUUCGUUAAAGAGACUGAAAGCAUGGUGUCCAACUAAUGUACAGUUGUUUAGGAAUCAUCUGAUCUUUGUGGCUGAAUCCCAAGUACAAUUUCACCCUACCGGUGGAAACAAAAACUUGAUGAACAAAAGGAUGAAUAAUAUACUUUAUCAUGUUUAUUGAAAAAUGAUGCUUGAUA